AUGAUUCAGGUUGAACUAUUGGUUCCUGGUAGUGAUAUGCACCACAAAACACUGAGAAACCAAACUCAGCUUUCAGAAUUCCUUCUCCUGGGAUUCUCAGAGGACCCAGCCCUGCAACCUCUCAUCUUUGGGCUGUUCCUCUCCAUGUACCUGGUCACUGUCAGUGGAAACCUGCUCAUCGUCCUGGCAAUUCUCUCAGACCCACAUCUCCACACACCCAUGUACUUCUUCCUCACCAACCUGUCCUUGGUGGACAUCUGCUUCACCUCCACCGCCAUCCCUAAAAGCUUGGUGAACAUCAAGAGGCAGAGCAGAGCCAUCAGCUAUACAGGCUGUCUCACACAGAUGUUCUUCUUUCUCCUCUUUGGAAGUCUGGAUAAUUUUCUCCUGAUGGAGCUGGCCUACAACCAUUAUGUGGCCAUCUGUCAUGCCCUGCAUUACAUGGGCAUCAUGAACUCCUGGCUCUGUGUGCAACUGGUUCUGGUGUGCUGGGGCAUUGAUGUAUUGAAUGCCAUGCUACACAUCUUAAUGGUUUUGAGGCUGAGCUUCUGCACACAAGUGGAUAUUCCUCACUUUUUCUGUGAGUCGAAUCAGGUGGUCCACAGAGCCUGUUCUGACACUUUUCUUAAUGGUCUCAUGAUUUAUAUUAUAUCUGUGCUGCUGUUGGGAGGUCCCCUGGCUGGGAUCCUGUUCUCCUACUCUAAGAUCAUUUCCUCCAUCGCCACCAUCUCAUCAGCAGGGAAGUAUAAGGCCUUUUCCACCUGUACCUCUCAUCUCUUGGUUGUCUCCCUAUUUUAUGGCACAGUCAUUGGUGUCUACCUCAGUGCCAGCUCUGCCUCCAAGUUCAGCUUCAACUGCAGCAGCCUCGGUGAUGUACUCAGUAGUCACCCCAUGCUGAACCCCUUCAUCUACAGCCUGAGGAGCACAGACAUGAAGAAGGCUCUGACAAGAUUAUUAGUUCAUAAGCUACAGUGCAUCGCAUGGCGUUGGCGCUGA